AUGGCUAAGCACGUCUACCAAUCUCACUCCGCCCUGCGCCUCCUCCUGUUCCUCCAGCUCUGCUCGCGCGUCUCACUCCACUGUCUUCAUGCAGCUCCCCAUCUCACUUGCAAGGCCUUUCUCGCCCACAAUGCCGACACUUCUAGCACGUCUUACGGGCCUUCACAUGAGCCCGAGCAGCGGGAGGGGCAUGGCUGGUGCGCGCGAGGAGGCGUGGGCAGCUGGGGAGGCAGCGAUGAGGGUGCUGCAGGCGGUGAUGGGCGAGGUGGCAGCGCUGCAGCGAGAAGUCGCAUCUGUGUCCCACGGUGGGAGGUGGUGGCAGUGAAGCACAGUGUGGCAGACGAGGUGGCAGUGCUGCGGGGUGAAGUGGCAGUGGCGUGGGAGUUGGCGGCAGUGAGGAAGAGGGACGUGCAUCGGCUGACAGGCGAGGUGGCAGACCUGAAGAGAGAGCUGGGGGGGGUGAAGGUGGUGAUUGGUAGCGAGGAGGACGAGAGCAGGGAGAUGUGGCACGUGUGGCAGUGCUGGCUGCUGCUUUUGGCUCCGGCAGCAGGGCGCGCGGGGCGCGCGGGGCUGCAGGGCGCGCGGGGCGCACAGGGCAGCAGGGCAGCAGGGCGCACAGGGCUGCAGGGCAGCAGGGCGCACAGGGCUGCAGGGCAGCAGGGCGCGCGGGGCGCGCAGGGCUGCAGGGCGUGCAGGGCGCGCAGGGCAGCAGGACAGCAGGGCGCGCGGGGCGCGCAGGGCUGCAGGGCGCGCGGGGCGCACAGGGCAGCAGGGCAGCAGGGCGCGUGGGGCGCAGCAGGGCUGCAGGGCGCACGGGGCGCACAGGGCAGCAGGGCGCACAGGGCUGCAGGGCAGCAGGGCGCGCAGGGCAGCAGGACAGCAGGGCGCGCGGGGCGUGCAGGGCUGCAGGGCGCUUGGGGCGCACAGGGCAGCAGGGCAGCAAGGCGCGCGGGGCGCAGCAGGGCUGCAAGGCGCGCAGGGCUGCAGGGCAGCAGGGCAGCAGGGCGCGUGGGGCGCAGCAGGGCUGCAGGGCGCGCGGGGCGCACAGGGCAGCAGGGCGCACAGGGCUGCAGAUCCCCUCCCCCCACCGCUGCACCCGCAGCAGGGGGAUGGAGGAGAAGUGGGGGGGGCUGGGGGGGGCUGGUGCUGCAGAUCCCCUCCGCCCAGGGAGAGAGAGAGGAGAAGGGGGGGCGGGGGGGGGGGGCUGAUGCUGCAAAUCCCCUCCCCCCCACUGCUGCUCCACUAUCCGUCACCCCCCAGGAAUGA